GAGAAGAUCUUUCCGACGCAACAAGAAUCACUUCAAUCGGAGCAAGAACGCGAAAGCUAUGAAGAUUCAAAGUUCAUGAGCUUGCGUUACAAUUGCGGCGGUUACAAAGUGAAGUUGUGGGGUGACUCUAUAUGGAUUGCCGUGCUAAGCUUGGGAAGAAGGUGCUGUGGAGUCUGGAAGAGGAGACCAGCUGCAUCAAGGACCUGUGGCAGCUGCCCAUCAUCCCUUGGAAUGGGAAGACUCCAACAGCAGCAACGGCAGUAGCGGCAAAGGCAACAGCAGGAGGAGAUGCAACUGCACCAACUGAUGGGAACGCGAAAGCCAUGAAGAUUCAAAGUUCAUGAGCUUGCGUUACAAUUGCGGCGGUUACAAAGUGAAGUUGUGGGGUGACUCUAUAUGGAGUUGGGACCUUUGGGGUUGGGGAAAUUCGUCACUCUACUGUAACAGCUGCAAAUUGGUUGGGAACAACCAAGCUAGGUUGGCAAGGGUGGCCAACUUGGAUGGAUUGGUUGGGAAGGGACAAAUGUCA